AUGACUUGGAAUGAACAGGGAAAGGCUGAACUUCUCACAGAUAACUUUUGUAAUAUAUGUGGAGUGGUGCUACAGUUUGAAUCACAAAGGAUUUCACAUUAUGCGAGUGAUAAACAUGCUCAGAAUAUUAGGCUUUAUUUUCAAAUGUAUGGGAAACAAAAUGAAGUGCCUGGUAAGCAAAUGAAGAUGGAUGUUGAGAAUUUUCAGGUGCACAGGAGUGAAGUAGUGAACAGAAACAAAUUUUGUGAUCUCUGCAACAUGAUUUUUAGUUCCCCAGUUGUUGCUAAGUCUCAUUAUGUAGGGAAAGUCCAUGCUAAAAAAAUGAAGCAGUUAAUGGAGGAACAUGAUCAGGUGUCUCCAUCAGGAUUUCAGCCAGAUCUAAAGUGGGAUAGAAUCAGAGUACUAUACAAGAAGAGAAAGCAUCUUGUAAAAGCCUUAUCUUCAGUCUCCAAAAUUCAUCAGUUUGGGCUCAGAGAAGAGACUCCAGAAUUCAUCAGUUUGGGCUCAGAGAAGAGACUAUAUGAAAGAGCAGAUAUGCCUAUUACUACUUCUGCAGAGUCAAAUUUUCUGAAGGCCCUUGCCGUCAAGCCUCCUCCAGCAUUUGGUAUGAGAACCUACGUUUGUCAUACUUGUAAUAUCACCUUCACAUCUUUAUAUAUGUUCCAGUCCCACAUGCAAGGACGUGAACAUCAAAUAAAAGAAUCCAUUGUUUUCAGUCUAGUGAAGGAUUCAAAGAAAACACAAGACUCUUGCCAAGAUGAAUGUGCAGAUUACAUCAAGGUGCAGAAAGCCAGAGGACCAGAGCCUAAGACUUGUUUCAGAAAGAUGGAAGAGAGUUCUUUAGACACCCGUGGGUACAGAAAAGUGGUCAAUUCCAGAUCCAGACAUAGAAUGUUUGAACAAAUAUUUCCAAGUGAUACUUUAUGGACAUACCCAGAAUCAUACAAUAUUACACAAACAGUGAAAAAACAUUGCUUACCAGCUCAUUCAAAGAAAACAUAUGACUCUUUCCAAGAUGAAGUGGAAGAUUACAUCAAAGUGCAGAAACCCAGAGGGCUUGAUCCAAAGACUUGUUUCAGAAAGCUAGGAGAUAACUCUGUGGAAAUUCAUAGGUACAGAGAAGUUGAUUCUGGACGCAGACAAAGAAUGUUUGAGGAAAGAUUUUCAUUUUGAACUUCCCAGACCGACCAACAACAAUACAGUAUUUCACCAGAAAGCCAGUUACAUCAUUGGUUACCAACUCAUUCAAAGAGAACAUAUGACUCUUUCCAAGAUGAACUUGCAGAUUACAUCCAAGUGCAGAAAGCCAGAGGACUAGAGCCAAAGACUUGUUUCAGAAACAGAAGCAAUAGUUCUAUGGAAACCCAUAAGUGCAGAGAAAUGGUUGAUUCCAGACCCAGACAUAGAAUGAUUGAGCCAGGGCUCCCAUUUGAGAUUUCCCAGACCUAUCCAGCAUCAUACAAUAUUUCACAAGCAGUGGAAAACCAGUUACCUCAUUGUUCACCAGCUCAUGACAGCAAACAGAAACUAGACUCUGUGACCUACUGUCAACCCACCAGAGACUAUUUCCUAGAAAAACCAGUACCCCUGAGCCUUAGUCAGCAAGAAAGUAAUUCUGGCCCAUACAGUGUAGAAUCUGAAGUUUACAAGCACCUCUCCUCAGAAAAGAAUACCAGUGACCAUCAGGCAGGUCAUAAACAGAGACAUCAGAAGAGAAGGCGGCACCUGGAGGAAGGGGGAAAAAGACCAGAGAAAGAGCAGUCCAAGCAUAAAAGGAAAAAGAGUUAUGAAGAUACGGAUCUAGACAAGGACAAGAGUAUCCGCCAAAAGAAAAGACAGGGAGGUAAAGUCAGUGUCAGUGCAGGAAAGCUUAAGCAUCAAAAGAAGAAAGAAAGCCAUGGUGUACCCUCUGAGAAAGAAGAACUGUGAUAUUUUCAAAAUAAGGAUAAGCACAGGAAACAGAAAAAGAAAUUUGUUGAAGUAAAAACAGAAGAGGAAAUGCUUUGGGAUGAAUCUAUUCUUGGAUUUUGA